UACGUGUUGUUCUACUGAUAGCCGUCGACACCACGGCUUUUGUUACCACUUCACAUUGAAAUUGACCCUGGCCCUGCGUGGGGGCAAGAGGGGCGGUGUUUUCUCAAACCACACAAAAAAAACAGGUCGACGGCGAUUGACAAUUUCCUGAAGAGAGUUCGGCCUUAUCACUCCCAAAUCUCUCUUCAAAGUGUCCCUAUCUGCAGUGAACCCAAGUCGUCUGAAUCCGUUCCAUGCACACAUAAUGGAAUAACUAAGUUACCUGGGAGAGAAUCCGGAACGAAGCCCUAUGCGGUGCGCUUUACCACUCCGAUAGUGACUAACGUCCUCUUGGAAAACGAUUUAUACCAAAUAUUUCAGGUAUGAUUCAGAGGAAGGAGGUGAUACUCUCAGUCCUAGGGGAGCUGCAGGAUGCCACAGAGAGCUCCGGCCUGCACGCCCUCACCAGGGUAGCUCUGGAGGUCCACCAGGUACUGACCCCCUUCACCCUGCCUUCCUCACCCUGCCAGGAGUUCCCCGGCUGGGCAGGCAUCGACGGCGUGGCCCAUAGCCUGUACCCUGCUGACGCCCCCGGAGGCCUCCUGCCUCUGGCCUGUAAGGGAGAGGGGAACCUGUUGUUUGAUACAGCCAGCAUGCUGCUAGUGGGGACGACUAGUCUCAGUCUGGAGCUGCAGGUACGUACGGUGGUGGAGAUGCUGCUGUGGAAGAGGUACUACCUGGGCGGUAUGAUCGACUCGAAGGUGAUGCUGCAGGCGGCCAGGUUCAGCCUGUGUGCCGAGGAGUCCCAGGACAUGCUCAACCUCCCCCUUUCAGUCCUCGAAGCUAUCUUCGACGCCGACGUCAAAGCCUCCUGCUUCCCCGGCUCCUACGCUAACAUGUGGCACCUCUAUGCUCUUUCCUCCGUCCUCCAGUGCAACAUCUAUUCUGUCUACCCCAUGUACAACCUCAAGAUACGACCCUACUUCAACCGCCUGAUAAGACCCAGGUCCUACCCCAAAGACAUGGAUCCUAUCACCUUGCACAUCAUGUGGUCCGGAGAGCUGGAGGGGGGCUCCUCCAGGUUCAGACCUACAGUCUUUGUAGCGUUAGUCCAUUCUAGUGACCUCCGGAUGGGCAGUCCUAACGACGAGCAGAGGGUCCCCCCUCUGAAGACACGGGAGCUUCUCAAGCAGGACUCUCUCCUGUCCUACUCCAGUCUGAAGGACAAGUACAACGUCACCAAGAGUACGUUCUACCGCUGGAGACGGCAGACGCAGGAGCAUCGUUUAAGGUCUGCUGCCAGGUACGAGGCCAAACACUUCCUCCAAGCGUGCUAUCUGGAAGGGAAGCUCAUCCCUCUGCAUCAGUUCAAAGAGUUCUUCCCUGAGAUCUCCAGAUCCACCUACUAUGCAUGGAAGCACGAGCUGAUCUCAUCCGGCGGUAAUUUCUCCACGUUCUCCACGAGCGAGGUGAGUCCAGGGGACAGCACGGAGCAGGAGUCCUGGUCCUCUCCAGAGUCCAAGCUCGGGCAGGAGGAAGACCAUGAUGUAGAGCCAGACGUAGAGCAUCACGACAGCAUGGCCAGUCUGUUCGGCCUGAACUACAACGAUGAUAAGAUGGAUGGAGAACGGGCCCAAAACAUGGCUCUGAUGCAGGAGGCAAAGAAGGUUCUUCAGAACUGCAUCGCUAGGAAUACAUCGUUCCCCUUCCGCAUCUUCAAGAGGAGCUUCCCAGGGAUCUCCAGGUCUACUUAUUACAACUGGAGGAGAGAGGCCAUGCUGUUUAACCGAGGCUACAAGGUCGGAAGCAGUGAAAACAGCUUGGACACGGAUAAGAGUAGUCCAACUGGUGGUCUGUCCCCUAUCGGGGGGACUGAGAGCCAUGGUCAUGCUGCCACGGUCUUCACCAGAGUUAAGAUCUGUAGAAACAACCAUAAAGGGUUCAGGAUGGUGUUCCUACGCAGGAAGAAGCUGAGAGAAGCUGCCAAGGUGAAGGUGUGGAGGUCAAAAUGGCCUCUGUCUAGGUUCAGAGUGAAGUACCCCUCCCUGUCCCUCUGUUUCUAUUGGCUGUGGCGUAACGGCCCCAGUGGAACCAGGAAGGAGGAAACCACCACCCCGUCUCUAGAGGUGGACCGUUCUGAGAUGAUUAUGGAGAGCAACAACACAGUGAAAGAGAAUGGGAUGAUGAUGGCAGAGAGUGACAUAAAGACAAAAGCUCCAAUGCAGGACGUGUUCUCCUUUGAGGGGGACCCGACAGAGGAUCUGAGAGGCCCCGUCACCAUGACCUCUGUGACAUCCCCCUUCGACACCCCCCUCCCUAACCCAACCAAUAUGUCCGCCACCACAGACGACCAGAUGUUUGUGAUGGAUCUGAGAUGCCCCGUCACCAUGACCUCUGUGACAUCCCCCUUCCCCCUCCCCAACCCAACCAAUAUGUCCGCCACCACAGACGACCAGAUGUUUGUGAUGGAUCUGGUGGCCCUGGCUAACUUCAAGGCCAAGGCCAAAGUCUUCCUCCAGAAACGCUUCGAGGAGAAGUCCUUCCCCACCUUCAAAGAGUUCAGGUCCUUCUUCCCCCUGACUCCCCGUUCCACCUACUAUAUGUGGAAGAGAGCCCUGCAUCACGGAGUGCCACUGGUACAUGGCUGAGAGCGAGAGAGGGCAUGGCUGAGAGCGAGAGAGGGCAUGGCUGAGGGCGAGAGAGGGCAUGGCUGAGGGCGAGAGAGGGCAUGGCUGAGGGCGAGAGGGGGCAUGGCUGAGGGCGAGA